AUCUAUACUCCGUCCCACGAGAGAAGUAACCCGCGUCCCGACCGAAUUGCGUCCGAAUCCGCGCAUCCCCCACUUAGUCGACAUAUCGACGGCGCACGAUCUCAACCGUCGACGUUCGGCAACGUUGUACAGUAUGUAUCUUAACGUAUACUCGCUAUAGUGUGUCAAUACAUCUGUGUCACUAUAUUCCGCGCCGCAUUUACGUCUAUAAUAACCACUUGUUUAUUUAAUUAUUGUAGUUUUUUUUGUUGGUUAAUUUUUUUCUUAAAAAUGAAUAAUUCUCAAGAGGAAUGUCAAUCAAAACAUGACUCUGCUAGAUGUGCUGAAACAAGCAUCGAUGUUGCAGAAAUUCUUUCACCUAUUAAAAAAAAUCGAAAAGGACAGUUUGUUGGAAGAGGGCAAAAACAGAAUAUUGUUAAUUUAUACAAGUCGAAAAAACAUCAACAACCAGACAUGAAGUACAAAGACAUGAUAACAUCUAUUUCAAAAGAAAUUGGGAUUGGAAAGCGUACAGUGAUAAACACAAUAAGUGAGUACAAAAAUACAGGACACUUGAAGUCGCCAUGUAAAACAAAAAACCGCCCAAAAAUCAAUGAUAAAAUUGACGAUUUUGAUAAAACCGCAAUUCGUCAAAAAAUUCAUGGGUUUUGGUUUAGAGGUGAAAUCCCAACUUUAAAUAAAAUUGUCACUGUUAUUGAUGAGGAUCCAGAUCUUCCGAGUUUGCCUAGAUCCACUUUACAUCGGAUAUUGAAAGAAUUAAAUUUUGAAUAUACAAAAAGGAAUCGGAAUAGUGCGCUUACGGAAAGAGGAGAUCUCGUUGUUUGGCGACAAAAAUAUAUUGAGGACAUAAGACGAUAUCGGAGUGAAGGUCGUACAAUAUAUUUCCUUGAUGAAACGUGGGUAAACGCAGGGGAGUGUAGCAGCAAAGUAUGGAUUGAUACUUCGGUAAAAUCUCAUAGGGAUGCAUUCCUGAAAGGACUGUCUACAGGCCCUAAAAAUCCUUCAGGUAAAGGCAAACGUCUAAUAGUUGUACAUAUCGGUUCAGCAGAUGGUUUCGUCGAGGGUGGUCUAUUGUGUUUUGAGUCGAAAAAAAACACAGCAGACUACCACGACGAAAUGAAUGGCGACACGUUUUACGAAUGGUUUUGUGGAGUUCUGCCCCGAUUAAAAGAAAAUUCAAUAAUAGUCAUGGACAAUGCAUCGUACCAUUCUGUUAAAAAAGACCCGGUUCCUACAACGGCUUGGAAAAAAGACGACAUAGUAAAUUGGUUAAAGGCCAAAGGUAUUGUUUACGAUAAACCGAUGUUGAAAUUUCGAUUGCUUGAUAAGGUAAACGAAAUUAAACCUCUUCACGUUAAAUAUGUUAUUGACGAAGAAGCUUUGAAAACAAAUCGACAUGUAUUACGUUUGCCACCUUACCAUUGCGAACUUAAUCCAAUAGAACUUGCGUGGUCUGUAGUGAAGAAUCAUGUGAAACAAAAUAAUACAACAUUUAAACUAAAGGAUGUUGAACAAUUGCUGAUGGAAGGUGUCCAGAAAGUGACUUCUGACAUGUGGGCCAAUUUCGUUAGUCAUACUAUCAAAGAAGAAGACAAAUUAUAUGAAAUCGACUUCAUCACAGAAAAUAUGUUGGAGAAUGAAGAAUCACAUAUAAUGACGAUAACUGGUGACACUUCUUCUGAUUUUUCUGACGAGUAAUUAUUGUAAAAUAUAUUAUUUAUAAAAGUGACUUACAUUUUUUUUUUGUAUUUAUGUACUAAAUAUUAUGUA